UGAUUGCUCGAUCGGGCAGCGCGCGAGAGUCGGCGAGGCCGGGGCGGGCGGCGCCGAUCUUGGUGUUGGGAGUGAUCUCUCAUACCGUCCAUUCACAGCCGUGUUUUAAAGCCGCUGUGUCUCAGAUCCCUUCGGAGACCAAUUUCUCUCUCCGGGAUGGAGAAGUAUGAAAAAAUUGGGAAAAUUGGCGAAGGCUCCUACGGAGUUGUUUUCAAAUGCAGAAACAGGGACACGGGCCAGAUUGUGGCCAUCAAGCGGUUUCUGGAAUCCGAAGAGGACCCUGUCAUAAAGAAAAUUGCCCUGCGAGAAAUUCGCAUGCUCAAGCAACUCAAGCAUCCCAAUCUUGUCAACCUUAUUGAAGUUUUUAGAAGGAAGCGGAAGCUUCAUCUGGUGUUUGAAUACUGUGACCACACAGUUCUCCAUGAGCUGGACAGAUACCAAAGAGGGGUGCCAGAACAUCUCGUGAAGAGCAUAACUUGGCAGACCCUGCAAGCUGUAAAUUUUUGCCAUAAACACAAUUGCAUACACAGAGACGUAAAGCCAGAAAAUAUUCUCAUCACAAAGCAUUCUGUGAUCAAACUUUGUGACUUUGGAUUUGCUCGGCUUUUGACUGGACCCAGCGACUACUACACAGACUAUGUGGCUACCAGGUGGUACCGAUCCCCAGAGCUGUUGGUGGGGGACACACAGUAUGGUCCUCCAGUAGAUGUUUGGGCAAUUGGCUGUGUAUUUGCUGAGCUGCUGUCAGGGCUGCCUCUGUGGCCAGGAAAAUCAGAUGUGGAUCAGCUCUACCUGAUUCGGAAAACCUUGGGAGAUCUCAUUCCUAGGCACCAGCAAGUGUUUAGUAUGAAUCAGUACUUCAAUGGGGUGAAAAUUCCAGACCCUGAAGAUAUGGAACCACUUGAGUUAAAAUUUCCAAGUAUCUCUUAUCCUGCCAUGGGACUUUUAAAGGGAUGUCUGCAUAUGAAUCCUGCAGAGAGGCUGACAUGUGAACAGCUGUUGCAGCACCCAUAUUUUGACAGCAUCCGAGCAAUAAGAGAUUCAGUAAAAGGACCUGACAAGCCAGUGAGGAAGACACUGAGACCGAGUCGAAAGCAUCUACCUGGGUUGCAGCACCUACCUCAGCUGACUAACAGCAGCAUCCUUCCAGCUUUAGAUACUAAGAAGUACUACUAUAAUACCAAGAAACUUAACUAUCGCUUCCCGAACAUUUAAUGAGCCUGGAGAUUGAUGGUUUUUUUUGAUUUGAUAAAUAAUUUGAAGAAAAGUAAACAUAUGUUUGGCUAAAAACAAUCACAAUAUUGAAAAAUCAUUGAGAGAACUUGAAUAACUAACCAGGAGGCAACUUGGCAAGAUAUAGAGGGGAAAUUCCAGAUGCAAUCUCCAUACUUGAUGUAGGCAUCCAGAAUAGAAAGGAGAAAUUUAGGUUUUUACUUGUAUUCCUUAUUGUACUUAAUUGAGCUUAUGUACAGAA